AUGCUGGUAACCCGGUUAAAUGAUGCUGUGGCAGCUCUACCUCGCCUCUGUCUCCACGCCCUCCUCUCCCCCUUCCCCCAUCCCUGCCUCCUCUCCCCCCGCCCCUUCCCCGCCUUCCCCUUCCCCGCGCGCCCCCCUGCUGUACUUGAGGAUUUAGCGGGGCAAGAAGCGCGGGCAGGUCCAAUAUUCCAGGACCUGCCCGUGGUUGAGCUGUUGAGUGAGAGGGUGAGGAAAGGCGCUCUGGUGGAGUUUGAGAAGGAGCAGCAGAGACACGUGGUGGGGGUGGUGAUGCGGCCAGAAGGGAAGAAGAACUGGAUUGUUAUGGACCAGGUGUUGCGUGAGAGGGUGAGGAAAGGCGCUCUGGUGGAGUUCGAGAAGGAGCAGCAGAGACACGUGGUGGGCGUGGUGAUGCGACCGGAAGGGAAGAAGAACUGGAUUGUCAUGGACCAGAACGGCAACACUUUCUCUGUGAGGCCGCAGCAGCUGACGUUCGUGGAAAACGGCAACACCUUCUCCGUGAGGCCGCAGCAGCUGACAUUCGUGGAAGUGGGGGAAGAGGACUUUAACGCUGCCGAUCUCUCCUCCUUCCUCUCCUCCGUCGACUCAUUAACGGCUGAUGCAUCACUCCUGGAGAUGGUGUGGGAGAUGUUUCUCUCAGAGCAACCCACAGUCACCACACAGGAGUUUGCAGAGAUCGCCUUUGGAGAGGCGGAGGAUCCGCUAGUGCCGCACUUUGCCGCCCACCGAAUGCUGACUGCCGACCGCAUCUUCUUCAAGAGAGUCCGCAGUGCCGCCCACUCCUUCGAGCUGCGCCCGCCCGUGCAGGUGGAACAGCUGAGGAAGCAAGCAGCAGCGGAGGCAGCAGUGAGAGCAGAGCAAGAGGAGUUUUCUCUGCAACUCCUCGGCUGUGUGAGAACGCCAGAGGCAGAGGCAGCCUGUGCCCUGCUCGUGCGAGCGGGCGCCCUGCCACUGCACUCCCACUCCUUCCUCAUGUCUCUCUUUUCCGCUCCUCUCCCUCUGCCUCCCCCCCACAUCUUCCAGUCCCUGCAACUCCUCGGCUGUGUGAGGACACCAGAAGCAGCGUGUGACCUGCUCGUGCGAGCGGGCGCCCUGCCACUCCUUCAUGCAUUAUUACCCCUCUGCCUCUGCUUCCUCCACCCACAUCUCCCAGUCGCUGGAACUCCUCGGCUGUGUGAGACGCCAGAAGCAGCCUGUGACCUGCUAGUCCGAGCGGGCGCCCUGCCACUGCACUCCCACUCCUACAUGUCUCUCUUUCCGCAUUCCCCUUCUCUCUUCUGCUCCCUCCCACAGUCCUUGCAACUCCUCGGCUGUGUGAGGACACCAGAAGCAGCCUGCGACCUGCUAGUGCGUGCAGGCGCCCUGCCACUCCACUCCCUCUCCUUCCGCCUCGCUGCCUCUGCCAUGCCUGGAAGCUUCCCAGCAAGUGUCGCUGAUUACUCUGCCAGUCUCGCAGCAAACCCCCCACCAGACCCCGACGAGAGCAUACGUGUCGAUCUGACGCAUCCCAAAGUCUACACCAUUGAUUCAUACGAUACAGUAGAAGUGGACGAUGGAGCAUACGAGUCGACUUGA